GUAAAACGUAAAGCUGUCUGCGGUCACUUAAAAGGACACUCUUCGCUGACUACUUGAGUGAAAAGUUUCCGGAGCAGCAGCACCAUCUCUGCUCUCUGAUUCCUGCCGUGCGCCGCCCGCGCGGCGCCAUUUUGAGAGUGUUAGCAGGGAGGAAGAGGCGGCGGCGGCGAGGGAAACCUCAAAGUAGAGUGCAAAGUCUGCGGAGCGCUAGUGAGGGCGGUGGGCUGCUUUCUUGGUGCAAAUCUGCUCCACGUUGUCUGAUCAAUCGAGAGCGAGCAGUUCUGGGGCUAAAUAAGCGCUAAAAGCAUCCACUGUUGCUCGGUCAGAGCCUCCCAGCCAGCCAGACAAGCCGACCCGGGUCAGCGCUCCAGAGAUCCCCGCCUGAGUCACCAUGGCAGGGCCCGGCGGUGGGAGCAGCGAUGUGCAGUGGUGCUUCUCCCAGGUCAAGGGAGCCAUGGAUGAUGAUGUCGUUGAGGCUGACAUCAUAUCUACUGUUGAAUUCAACCAAUCUGGGGAGCUACUUGCUACUGGGGACAAGGGAGGUCGUGUUGUCAUCUUCCAGCAGGAGCCGGAGAGCAAGAACCAACCUCAGUGUCGAGGGGAGUACAACGUUUACAGCACCUUCCAGAGCCACGAGCCUGAGUUUGACUACCUGAAAAGUCUCGAGAUUGAGGAGAAGAUCAACAAGAUACGAUGGUUACCUCAGAAGAAUGCAGCUCAUUUCUUGUUGUCUACAAAUGAUAAAACGAUUAAACUGUGGAAAAUUAGUGAGCGUGAUAAGAGACCAGAGGGUUACAAUUUGAAGGAGGAGGAUGGACGAUAUAGAGAUCCCAAUACCGUCACAACACUACGGGUACCAAUAUUCAAACCCAUGGACUUGAUGGUGGAGGCGAGCCCGAGACGAGUGUUUGCAAAUGCUCACACCUACCAUAUCAACUCCAUCUCGGUCAACAGUGAUUGUGAAACCUACCUGUCAGCCGAUGACCUGCGCGUUAACCUCUGGAAUCUGGAGAUUACUGAUAACAGCUUUAAUAUUGUUGACAUAAAGCCAGCUAAUAUGGAAGACUUAACAGAAGUGAUCACGGCUGCAGAGUUCCACCCCAACCAGUGCAACACGUUUGUCUACAGCAGCAGCAAGGGAACCAUCCGCUUGUGCGACAUGAGGGCAUCAGCACUCUGUGACACCCACGCCAAACUCUUUGAGGAGCCAGAAGAUCCAAACAACCGUUCCUUCUUUUCUGAAAUAAUUUCAUCAAUCUCUGACGUGAAGUUCAGCCACAGCGGGCGGUACAUGAUGACACGUGACUACCUGUCUGUCAAAAUUUGGGAUCUCUACAUGGAAAGCCGACCAGUAGAGACGUACCAGGUGCAUGAAUACCUCAGGAGUAAGUUAUGUUCACUCUAUGAGAACGAUUGCAUCUUCGACAAGUUUGAAUGCUGUUGGAACGGGAAUGACGGUGUUGUGAUGACGGGUUCCUACAACAACUUCUUCAGGAUGUUUGACAGAAGUUAUCAGCAGGAUGUGACCUUUGAGGCAUCGCGGGAAAACAGCAGGCCAAGAUCAGUACUGAAGCCUCGCAAAAUAAGCACAGGUGGGAAGCGCAAAAAGGAUGAGAUCAGUGUAGACAGUCUGGACUUCAACAAGAAGAUACUCCACACUGCCUGGCAUCCUCUGGACAACAUCAUUGCUGUGGCGACCACCAACAAUCUGUACAUAUUCCAGGAUAAGAUGAACUAGCAUUUGCUGAACCUCUAUGACCCUGGUUUUUGCUUGCGCCUCAUUGCCCUGAUAUAUACAAUAAACCCAAAUGAUUAGGAGCCAGUUUUUGGCUAAAUUCAAAAUCUCGAUAAUUUCUAAGUAACAAAACCGACUUUGUGAAACAAAAAAGUGAUGGCAUCAACAGUAGAUUCAGGAAGGCCAUCACAAGCGCAUCUUUAAAUGCAAAGUGCAAGUUUAAACGUGCAGGGUGAGAUCUGAGUCCAGACCAGGAUUUAGGGCCGUGGGUUUCCCGUUUCCACCAUUAAGAGCAGUCCAGUCAUUGAACCACCAUUUGCAACCCUACUACAUCCCAAACCAAAGGGAAGAUAUUGUUUCAUUUUACAUUUGUGCCAUAGUGACAUGAUUUAUUCAUCUGUCAUAACAAACAGUUAGGUUUUUGUAGCUAACAUGUUUUACUAGUUUGAAUAGGGACAUUUCUUCAACUGUUUUUAUGCCUCUCAUAUGUCAUUCAGUUCUUGUUUGUAUUUACCUGAAACGCUUCUAAUACAAGUUGUCAACACUCCAUAUUGUCCAUUAACUGUAAAGUUGCCCACUUCUCUCACCUCCUCCUUUCCUUGAAUGUACAGUUUGAUUAUGCUGUUAAAGGUUAAAUCUAAAACAUGUUUUGUCAUGUUUUAGCUUAUCCUCUGAAAGUGGUAUAUACCUGACUACUAAUAUUUGUCCACAGUGCACAAAUGCAUAUUAGAAGUAACUUAAAAAUUCAAAGCAUGGACUUCUUGUUGAAGAAGCUGCAGCUCUCAGUCCCAAAUAUGAUAGGAUGUACAGCAGUUUUGACAGUGCCCUUAGCUGAUUAUGUAAUAAUAUUAUUUGGCAAACUCUUUAAAAAAAAAUAGAUCAUAUGCCAAAUUGAUGCAAGCACCUGUCCGUCCAUUAGGACGGGUCAAGUCAGAGCUACAGUGAUAUUUGCCAUUUGAAGAUGAACAGGAAGCUCAUUAAAAUGUAAUGCCGAUGUGUUCAGUUGUUGGUGGUCAGAUUGAUAAAAAAGAAUUGCAUGUCUGAUUGGAGGCAUAGUUGCGUGUUAUGCUAAAAUUGAAUGAAAGUCACUUGGAUGAGUAAGUCCGACGCAGCAGUUUACAAAUGCAAUAGCUUUUAACCCACCACGGCCCUAAUCUAUGAUAAUGAAGCAUCCCAAUCAUUUGAGGAACUUUCGAGGAACUUUUUUUUUUCUUUUUUUUUUUUUUUUUUGAUAAAUGGUCUGAUGUCUGCUGCAGCUUGACCCAACUGCAAUAAAUGUUCAAUAAGCAAUUCCCUUUCUUAAGCUUCCUUUAACAUGCAAGAUGUUCCUUUAAGUGAAAUUAAAUGUAUGCAUUUUGGAAAAGGUUGGCACUGAUUUAUUAAUUUCUAACGAAUAGCCAAAAGUGUUAAACUGUCAGUGUACUCCUUUUAACAAGGACACUAGACUGGCAGACACUUGUCAGGUAUAGUGGUUUUGGAUGUAAAAUAGGAAUUAAUCAUGCCAAAAUAAUCAGUCUUGUACAAUGAAGUUAUUUAAUGUUGUCUUAGAGGCAAGGUGACUUUGGUUCUGCCAGUCACCCCUGCACUUGUGUUGACAACCAUAUAAAGCUCAGGAUAUAAGCGUAUUUAUGUGAAAGGCUGUGAUGAUGUGAGGUGGCCAUGUCCUAUUCUCUUAGUCUGUGGCACCAGAACCGAGCUCUGCUGCUGGCGUCCACACAGCGCCUGUGGGCUUGUUGCAGAUGGAUUGCUUUAACCUCUGAAUUCAUUUUCUUUUUAUAUAUAUAAUAUAUAUAUAUAUAUAUUAUAUUAUAUAGUGUGUGUGUAUAUAUUAUAUAAUAUAUAUAUAUAUUAUAUAUAUAUAUACCCGUGUGUGUGUUUUGUACUGUACCUGAUUUAAAAAAAAAAAAAAAAAAAAAGGUUAACCACUAUAGCUGAUUUAUUUUUGUAUAAAUGAAUGCAAUAGGAUUACAGUCUAAUCACUGUUUAGUGACUCAGAUUAACUGCAGAUGGAGGUUUUUUUUUGUUUGUUUUUUGUAUUUUUUGAUGAGUACACAUUUUUGUGGCAUGGAGGGUUUAUUGUAAGAAUGCCCGAAAAGUAUUUGUAGGUGUCACUACUUGUAGUGAUAAGCACUAUUACUUUUUUUUUCUUUCUUUUUUUAUGAAUUUACUUGGAUCUUAGGGUUACUUUUAUGUGCCAUGGUUUUGCAUUAUGAAUAUUUUUCUUGCUAUGAAAGACUUUGUCUUUGUUGGGUCUACAUGGGAAACACAAGUCCUCUAAAGCUAGUCAAGCCAGUUGACUAGGAAGAGUUACGGUUUUGAACUAUAAAAUGCCUUCUGUAGAUGUGUUUGAUACAUGCAUACGUACAUAUAAAAACAAUUGAUCAGUGAAUAUCUUUGUGUGCAGAUUGUUAAAGUGAAGUACACAGACCAAAAUGUAAAAUAAAUAACUUUCUGUGCAACAAGCCAGCCUUUUUCACACAGCCCAUUAAAGGUGGGACUGUUGCUCUUUGGUAACCUGUUUGUAAGCACAGGGGCUGAAUGUGGAGGACUAGGUUAAUGAUCUGCUGAUACGCCUAGUCAUCUGUUAAAGUUAGUAACAGGACUGGAGUGGCCAGUGUGUGUCAAGUGGAAGGCACAAGCUGCUUUUACAAACUGCUGGUUUUCCUCAGCUGAUAGCAAACGGCAAGCAGUGCCAGCUCACUGUUGAGACAGGAUUCACAUGAGGAUAUUUCAGGGUUGAACGAUCUUCAUCUUCAUUCAGUUUGAAUGGUUGACUUCCUUUAUUGAAUUAAAUUCUGAGUCUCUUGCUUCCAUUGUCAAGCAUAUGCUGUCGUAGAAACUGAAGACAAUAAGGUUUAAAAAGUGCCAGCCAUUAAAAUCAUUUGACCAAAUGCAUAUCUGAUCUGAUUAACUAUCACUAUGACUCCAAACUCUAGCCCAGCCCACCUUUGAGCAUUACUUCAUCAUGUCUGUGUGAAUCCACCCUGAUUUGGGAGUGACUGUGCUUCUAACUAGAGAAAGGAACUGCACCAAUUUAAUAAAGAAGUAUUUUAUGUUUUGUGCCAAUAUGGCAUGGCUGCUGUAUGAAAAGGGGUAAUGCUUUAUUCAUAUUCUCUAUAAAUACAUGUCUGUGAGCAGGUAUUUCACAGAUGCCACUAACAACUGCUUCAUUUCAAACAUCCCAGCACAGUGUCAUGUCUUACUGCAAAACUUUGUGAAUCUGAACUUGUGCACAAAGUUUCUUGAUCCAUAACUGUAGUUUAAUGGGCCGUAAGUGUUGAGCACAUAAGUCAAAUAAAGGUAAAUGUGUCAAUCUGCCACCAGUCUCUGUAUGGUGGUGUUAGAGCAGUUAAACUGUCAACUGUCAGUCUCAGGGCUAUAGGUUCUGACUUCUAACAGAGAUGCUUUUCUAAUCCUGCAUAUAUUUUUUUUUUGGUGCACAAUCUUUAAAACAAAUGUCUGUUUUGUAAUCCAAGACUGUCAGUUGUGUUAUUUACCUCGUUUCACAGAUGUGUAAACCUUAAAAUGUAACACUUUUGUCCCAUUCGAUAUUCAAAGCUGAUAUAAAAGAAGGCAUAAAUGACACGGCGCAUAGUGGUACAACAGAAUUAGCAAGGAUGUUUGAAUUAUUUAGAAACAGUCAUGGAUUUUUAUUAAAAAUAGAAAAUUAAAUGACAAUUUAACAAAUCUCUUUCUGUUUCCCCUUAUAAUCCUCAUACACCAGCUGUUUUCCAAAGGCUGAUAUAAACCAUAAAGAUGUUCAGGAGAGUCUCUGUUGCCUUUCUUUUAUAGCACUCAGGAAUAAGAUAAUCAAAUAUAUAGUCAGUACAGCAGAAAUAAAUGUGUUAUGUCACGUAUACAGAACAAUAUAUUAACCACCUAGUCUAAUUUCAUUCAUUUAGUCUCCAUGGUUACAAAAUUAUUUCUCAGAAUUAUGAUAAACUGAUUAACGGUUUCUGCUAUGAGGUGCUGGGUGAUUUCUGCUGUGGAUGCUUGAACUGCACCAACAAGCAGUCUGAGCUGAACUUGUAUUAAUCCAACGGCACUUCUUGGCUGUUAAAUCACAGUUGUAAUCUGGCUGUGAUGAGUGUCUGUCUGGCCAAAAGUUUGUAAAAACUAGCAGGUGAAAAUGGGUUGUUGGGGAUCAUCCACUGACCACAGUGACUUCAACUCGUUGGAUGGGCACAAAGCAUUCCUGUGUUGUUUAUUACUUGUGUAGGUAGAAGGCAUUUUGUUUUUCCUUCACGUUUAGUAGUACUUCAGUGUAGGAAGCAAUCAUCUUUCAUCUGAAAAUAUGCUAAAAAAAAGCUUUUACUGCCUGGAUUGACCACAUUUUGUGAGCUUCCUUUGUUGCUGCAAGAUGCAUCCUCAGAACUAGGAAAUGAUUGCUGCAUGUCGCUUUGCUUUUCUUUUUAAAAAUUCUCCAGUUUAUUAGCCUCUGGCGUACAUCCUGUGAUCAUUCUUGUAUUGAUUCUCCAUCCAGUCAGUGGUUUGGAGUGUUCACCAUUUUAUAUUGUUUAUUUUACUUAGGACUUCAAAGUAGUAUUGUAGUAUUUCAUGUAAGGAAAAAUGCUAUAACUUCCAAAGUGCAACACUGGCUUUUAACAAAUUAGUCCCAUUGCAAAUGCAAUAUGACAUAAUUGACUUGGCUUUCAGUUCACUGAGCCAGUUGAGAAAGUCUUCUCAUUAUUCCUCUGAAUUUCAAGAAGGCAGUCUAACUUCUACAAUAUCUGGCAUCCGAAGAACAAGUUCUGUGAUAAAGGUGAUGCACAGAUGGAUGGUGUAGUCAACUAGUUAGUGGCUGAUGCCGGACUAUUUAUAAUACUACACAGUUAAAGCCAAUAUCAGCUUACGUUUGUAAUUUGUUAUGGAAUCAGUAUUUCUGAUGUGCCCAACAAGCCUUGAGCAUGAACUUGAUAUAAACCUGAUGUAUAACUCCAUGAUUCAGUAUUAAAUGCUUAAGCCACUACUGUCUAACACAUCUAACAUGUCUCCAUGCAAAUCGCAGAAUUUGCUUUACUCUGACUUUCAAGUUUCUGGUGCAAAAAAACUGCUCAGGGGAAUUUUCUGCUGCUCAGUGGCCUAAACCUUAUACGUUUUAAGAAAGUAAUUUUUUCAGGAAUCAAACAAAAAAUGGUAAUUUAGAGUUAUAUCUAACCUUUCUUUCUUUCUUUAAAAAAAAAAAAAACUAGAUGUCUAAUAGCCUUAGUAUCUACCAUCAUCUUAACUUCCCCUUGUGCAUCACAACAUUCCAAGGAAUGUUGUUAAAUUGGAGUUAUGUUUUCCACUUUCAGCAGCAUAAUAGACAUGUAAUAUACUACAGGGGUUAAAAACAAUGCACUUUUACUUUUGUGUUUUUUUUAGGGGCAUUUGAAUAAAGAUUGCAAGAAUUUUGAUGGCCUGUUUUGAGGGAACAAACAAUAAAUGGUUAAUUGUACUGUAUUGUUUGUCAAAUGGAAUAAAGGACAAUUAAAGAUGAGACAUAAUAAAGGUUUUUACAUUUUUA